AUGCCCACCGAGGACGACUCAACUCCCGGCAUCAUCGCCCCUGGGCCGGAGCUACGGGCCAAAAUUGAGAAGUCUGCUGCGAGCCUCGCGAAGCGCGACAAGCGAAAGGCGGAGGAGAUGAUGGCUAAAGUUCUUGCCAGUCAGAAGCGGGAGGAGUUUCUCUACUUUGAGAUGACCCACGUGUUUUACCCCUUCUUUCUGCAGAAGCUGAACGAGUACCGCGCCCACCCCGAGCUAAUCCCCAACGAUGAGAAGAAGGACCAGGCGCAGGGUAAGUCGGAGACGGCCACCAACGGCAGCGCAGCAGGGGCCGCCUUGACCGUAACGGCGGCAACGACGGUGAAGGCGGGGGGCAUUGUGCGCCGGGAGGGCGGCACGGCAGCACGCCACGACCCAAAACGCGAUGAGGCAUUGCGGCAGGCGGAGAUCGAGGCGCAGCGCUACUUGGAAGACCCGUUUCCAAACCGCUACUCGCUUGACUUGCUCCACGGCACCAUUAACAUGCCGGCGCUGACGCUGAGUUACAUGACCUGUACCGCACAAUACGUCGCCAAGUACGGGGAACGCUUUCUGAAGGACAUCCUUGGCAGGUACCGCAGCAACGCGGCAUUCCGGUUUCUUCUUAGCGAGGAUGUGCGCCACAGCGUCUUUCUGAAACUCGUGGAGUCGUACCGGAUGAUUUUAAAUCACGACCCGGACGAGGUAGAGGACCGGUUAGAGCGCUACCGUUCCGCGCAGGAGAUUCUUGGUACGGUAUGCGAGGAAAAAGUGAAGUAUGCCAAGGCCGCCAUCGCCCGGCGCAAGGCUGCCUUACUCACAGACGAAGAUCUCCGAGACCGGCUUGAGUGGAACAUGUUUACCGUCGUGCAGCAAUUUUCGUUGGGCGACUUAGGCCUAGACGGUCCCAUGCCGCAGUCCGCAGCCGCCCACCGACGGGAACUCCCUGCGAACAGCAACAACGUCACGAGCAGCAGCGCGUUGGGGGAACCACUCUCUUCCACCGCGGCACUGCCGACGACGGAGGCGGCUUCGGGGGGUUCCCUACGGAUGCUGCGGCCCCCGGAAGGCGUUACGGCGCCACCGACGUUCACGCCCACCUUUAUUAGCAGCAGCCUUGUGACCUCCACCGAUCCCACCGCCCCACUCACCCGCCAGAAGAGGGGCUACGAUGAGGUGAGGGGGAGGCACAGUUCGCGGAGCGGGGAAGCAGCCAAUGCCCCACGCGACAGGCACAGCUAUGAAAAGGGGCGGGGAAACAACAUCCCCGCAAACGAAGCCGAGUUUGACCGAAAUACACGGCCGAGGCGCGAGGGGGCAGGGCGGAACGACAAAGCGUACUACUGA